AUGUCCUUGGGGUACGCUUUCAUGCUUUCAAUUUGCCAAUUGACAAUCCAAGCUGACACACAGUUGUGCACCCUAGUUACCCUCACAACUGGGCUGAAAGUCCACGUCGAGAAAGCUGGUACACAGAGCGAAAAACUUCCGAUCGUGUUUGUGCACGGCCUUGGUGGCUCGUCGACGAAUUACGGACCAGUUAUUCAAACCUCUGGGUUAACCAGGGAGCGCGAAGUCAUCACUUUUGAUCUUGAGGGUCAUGGAUUGAGUCCUCUCUCAGGAGGAAAUAUCUCAAUUGAAGGUUUCGCGGAUUCCAUUGCACUUAUCUUGCAGAGUGCCAAAAUCGAUAAAGCAGUGAUAGUGGGCCACUCUAUGGGUGGGAUUAUCGUGACAACACUAGCAGCCAAAUAUCCCGCUAUAGUAGAUAAAUUGAUUCUCAUUGGACCCGUCAAGGCCUUUCCAGAAGCUGGAGUGAAGGCUUUGACUGCCCGUGCCGCCUCCGUUCGGGAACAGGGGAUGUCGGGCAUUGCCGAUACAGUUGUCGCCGCUGGCACCUCGCAGAUAACGCAGUCAUCUAGACCACUUGCUAAAUAUGCAGUGCGAGCAUCGCUGCUCACGACUCCCGCAGAAGCAUACGCUCUAGCUUGCCUGGCACUUACCAAAGCUGCCGAUCCGGACUAUUCUUUAAUAACAAUGCCCGUGCUUAUUCUCGCUGGUACUGAAGACAAGACUUGCCCUGAGGCGACGGUGAUUUUCUUAUCGGAGAAGAUGCCACAGGCAAAGGUAGUGACUUUUGAGAACGUGGGCCACUGGCACUUGUUUGAAGAGGUGGAAGGUGUUAGCAGGGAAAUUGCAGCGUUUGCUUAA